GAAUGUGCGACGAAUCUACCGAUUUCCUUGGCGGAGCCUUGACGUCCCUGGCAUAUUCCGCCAGCGGAAGAAGCUCUGGCUAUGGCGGUCUAUGGAGCUCACGGGACUUGGUGACGGCGAUUGAAAUCCCGUUGUGAGCUUUCACGUGUGAGCGGCGGCGGGUAUGGCGUGCGGGGUAUGAAGAAUCUUUGCAAUGCAGCUCGCGAGCUUCUAGGAUUCCAAGAAUGAGCGCCAGGAUCCAUGGCCGGCGCGCCGGAGCUCCAGGGAAGAUCGAUUCCGUGCUCUUCCUUGCAAUCUUGGCGCUGAUCUUGGCCUCGCUGCCGCGGCAUUCGGCGGGGGAAGAGGAUGAGACGGUGUCGUGGAACGACGAUGUUCUUGGGCUGCUGGUCUUCAAGGCGGGGCUCCAAGAUCCUCGCGGAUCGCUGGCUUCUUGGAGCGAGGCGGAUUCAUCGCCAUGCAAUUGGACGGGAAUCCGGUGUGGCAGCGCCAGCGGCAGGGUCGAAUCGGUCUCGCUCGAUGGCCUGGCACUGUCGGGCACGAUUGGGAGAGGCCUCCUCAAGCUCGAACGCCUCAAGACUCUCUCGCUCUCUGCCAACAAUCUCUCGGGCAAUGUGGUUCCGGAGCUCUUCCGGAUGCUGGACUUCGUGGAUUUGAAGAAGAAUCGGCUGUCCGGGGAGCUGCCAUCGCCCAUGGGGGCUUCGAUACGUUACGUGGAUCUCUCAGACAACGCUUUCACUGGCGCUCUAGCCAGGGAUUUCUUUGGGGGCGGCCAUCUCCUCAGGUACCUUAGCCUUAGCAAGAACAGGUUAACGGGGCAGCUCUCUCCAUCUCUGGCCGCAAACCAAACCGGGCUCGUCACUCUUCGCAUUGCCGAGAAUGGUUUCUCCGGCGAUCUUCCGGAUUGGAUCGGCAAGAGCUUGCGAGCUUUGCAGGAGCUGGACCUCUCGUGGAACGGGUUCCAAGGCUCAAUCCCACCGUCUCUCGCGACGCUUUCAUCCCUGCGCUCGCUCAACUUGGCUGGAAACAAUCUCACGGGGGUGGUUCCUCAGAGCUUGCUCCAGCUCCUUCGGCUCUCGAGCUUGGAUCUCAGCAGCAACCAUUUGGGUGGAAAGAUUCCCUUUGGGCUUUUCUCGUCGAGCUUGCAGUUCCUCAAUCUCUCCAGAAACGAGUUCCUGGGCGAUUUUCCAAUCUGGCCACCUUGUCAUGCGCUUCAAGUGGUGGAUAUCUCCGGAAACAGGAUUUUCGGGGAAGUGCCGUCGAGAAUCGCCCAGUGUAGCAGCUUGCAGCACUUAAAUGUGGGAUGGAACGUCCUCUCUGGUGGGAUUCCUGGACAGAUCAGCCAGCUCCAGAGGCUUAUGUUCUUGGACUUGAGCCACAACCAGCUCCAGGGAGGAAUACCGUCCACUUUCACCAACAUGAGCUCUCUCACCGUUCUAAAGCUGGCGAAGAACUUGCUGGUGGGAAACAUUCCCAAGGCCAUUUCCAAGUGCGAGCGUCUCGUAGAGCUGGACUUGUCCUCGAAUCGUUUGUCUGGAAGCAUACCCGGGGCGCUCUCGAGGCUGAAUUUUCUACAGUCUCUGGACCUCGCGUGGAACAACUUAACGGGUCCGAUACCGAAGGAACUUGUGAAGCUGGAGAGUCUCUCUAGCCUCGACGUGUCGCACAAUCAUCUCGACGGUCCAAUUCCGAAAGGUGGAGUUUUUAACUUGGUAAAUCGGACUGCUUUCCAGGGAAAUUCAGGCCUAUGUGGAGCUGCUCUCGACGUAGCAUGCUCGACGGUUCCUAAACCGAUAGUGCUGAAUCCGAAUGCAAGCAGCGACACAGCAGGGAUACUUCAAUCCGGAGGACACAGGGGAAAGAACAAGAUCGUACUCAGUGUGUCGGCGAUCAUAGCUAUCUCCGCAGCAGCAGUGAUCGCUCUGGGAAUUGUGGUCGUCUCUGUCCUCAACAUCCGUGCUCAGCAAGCUGCGCCGGCUGCUGCUCUCAAAAACAACUUUUUCAUGGCGGAUCACAACAGCUCUCCGAGUUCCUCCAGUGAGGAUCUGGCCAUUGGAAAGCUGGUCAUGUUUACCGACGGAAAUGACACAAAGUCCGAGGAGCUUCUUCCGAGCGCUCACUCGCUGCUUAACAAGGAGCAGGAGAUUGGCCGUGGAGGAUUUGGAGUUGUUUACCGGGCUGCUAUAUCGGAUGGACGAACGUUUGCAGUAAAGAAGCUGGUGACUGCCGGAUUGGUGAAGUCUCAGCUCGAGUUUGAGAAAGAAGUCCAGCAGCUGGGGAAGAUCGAGCACCCGAACCUGGUCGCUCUUCAAGGCUACUACUGGACGUCGAGGAUGCAGCUCCUUAUUUAUGACUUCGUUCCAAACGGGAGCUUGUACAGCAGGCUUCACGAACGAACAUUUGGCGAGCCUCCACUGAGCUGGUCUGAGAGGUUUAAGAUCGCACAGGGAACAGCAAUGGGACUCUCGCAUCUCCAUCACUCCUGCCAGCCGCAGGUGAUACACUACGAUCUCAAGUCGAACAACAUUCUUCUGGGUGUGGACAACAGGCCACUCAUCUCGGACUACGGACUCGCAAAUCUUCUCCCUGUACUGGACCGCUACGCCAUCAGCAGCAAGUUCCAAGGAGCUCUCGGCUACAUGGCUCCCGAGUUUGCGUCCCAGAGCUCCAAAGUGACCGAGAAGUGCGACGUCUAUGGCUUUGGGAUCAUACUCUUGGAGCUAGUGACUGGAAGAAGGCCUGUCGAGUACAUGGAAGAAGACGUUGUCAUACUCUGCGACUACGUCCGGGCUUUGCUCAACGAAGGCCGGGGGAUGAGCUGCGUGGAGCCGAGCCUGGAGGCCUGUCCGGAGGACGAAGUUUUGCCAGUCAUCAAGCUGGGAUUGAUUUGCUCGUCGCCGCUCCCUUCGAACAGGCCGAGCAUGGCGGAAGUCGUCCAGAUUCUCGAGCUCGUAAGGCCUCUGCCCGGCAUCGACAAUAGCAACUCCAUCUCCAGGAGCUCUUCUUCGUGAUCUGAUGAUCUUCUUGCAGGUUGGUUUCUCGUUCUAAUUUUUCGUUCUUUUCAUCAAUGUCUAGCUCUAGCAUGCAGCGUUUGCAAGGAAGAAAGAGAACAAGCUUUACGGGACUCUCGGAGAAAGAAAAAAGAGUGAGAACCGGGAGUCCUGAUGCUUGUUCUUUUUUAAAUUCGAAGCUUAUUCGGUGGAA